ACAUAUCUUCGGACUCGUUCUCUCGCCGAAUACCUGCUCCUCGCCGCUGGCUUCAGUCUCCGGAGGAGAUCGCCGCUCGUGGUUUCUCUUCCUUCAUCCGAUCGCCGCGUUCGCCGCUGCCGCAGGUGCCCUCUGCCCAUUCCUGGAUCGACACUGCAGCUGCUGCCUCCGCACUCUCCGAUUUCGGGGAUAGCCGUCGCCGAUCACCCAAUCCUGGAAGUACCGCCGUCCUUUCCUCCAAUCUGUUCGCUCUAUCCUCCGAUCUCCACGACAACCGGAGUUUUCUGGCCGCUUCGCCCGUCGCAACUCAACGCUUGAUCUCCACGCCGCUGCCGAUGAUCUUGGCCAUUGUCGAGUUCCUCCUCCGCCCGCCAAUCUUUAUCUCUCCUUGGAACUUAUAUUUAUAAGGUAAAUUAUUAUAUAGAGGAAGCUGGAAAUUCGUAACAGCGUAGGUGAUAAUCUGGAGGCAAAUGGUAUCUAACAGCACUGCAGUCCUCCAUACGUUGUCUAUUAAAACAGUUUAUAUUAUAUUACUGGAUCUCCUGAAAGGGAAAACAUGCAACUUUCCUCAUCUCUCCAUGAUCUGAAAACAUUAUCUGAACAAAAUUCAGGUGAGGAUGAUGAUCUUGAAAGCGAUAGGAGUUAUGGAGAUGCAAAACCUUUUCGUGCUCUUCAAAGGGAAGGUGCCACAUCAAGUUUUUCAAAGGAUAAGUCCUAUCCAACUAUUCCAACUACAAGGAAGAAAUGGCUUUGGGCAACUGUAGGCAUUAUUGCACUACUAUUAUUGUUCUCAUUGAUCUUACUAUGUUCUGGAUUCUACAGUACUUUUUUGUCACAUGAAGCAUCUGAGCAUUAUGUUAUACUUGAUUGUGGUAGUACUGGCACUCGGGUUUAUGUUUACAAGUGGACUUUUGAUCAAAAUAAAGGACAUAGAAACUUGCCUAUUGCAUUGAAAUCCUUACCUGAAGGUCCUCAAAGAAAUCCUAGAACACAGAGUGGCCGUGCUUAUCACCGUAUGGAAACAGAACCAGGUUUUGAUAAGCUUGUUCAUGACAAAUAUGGCUUAAGGGCUGUUUUGCAGCCACUCCUACUGUGGGCUGAGAAACAAAUACCAAAGCAUGCUCAUAAAGAUACAUCACUUUUUCUAUAUGCUACAGCUGGAGUUCGCAGGUUACCUAAGUCUGAUUCAGACUGGCUUCUGGAUAAAGCAUGGACCAUUUUGAAGAAAUCAUCAUUUUUAUGCAGGAGAGAUUGGAUUAAGCUUAUAUCUGGCAUGGAGGAAGCCUAUUAUGGGUGGAUAGCUCUUAAUCAUCACAUGGGUUUAUUGGGUUCCUUGCCAGCUGGAAAAACAUACGGUUCACUUGAUCUAGGUGGUUCGUCGUUGCAAGUUACUUUUGAGACAGAGACGCCCAUACAUGCUGAUACAAGUAUAAGUUUGAGAAUUGCAUCUGCUAAUCACCAUCUUAGUGCAUAUUCUUUAUCAGGAUAUGGAUUGAAUGAUGCAUUUGACAAGUCUGUGGCCCAUCUUUUCAGAAAGUUUGUGGGUACAGGAGCUGGUUUGAAUAAUAAGUUACAGCUUAAACAUCCUUGCUUAAAUAAUGGUUAUAGGGACAAGUAUACCUGUUCUCGUUGUGCCUCAGUUAAGCAAGAAGGAAGUCCUUUGACUGGAGGGAAAACCAUGAGCAAGAAGAAAACUGGAAUAGUUGUUGAAUUGAUUGGUGCCCCACAAUGGGAAGAAUGUCGUUCACUUGCAAGAUUAACAGUUAAUCGGUCAGCAUGGUCUAACUUCAGUUCUGGAAUUGAUUGUGAACUUAAACCCUGUGCUCUGAGUGAUGGUUUACCUCAGCCACGUGGGAAAUUCUAUGCCAUGUCAGGUUUCUAUGUGGUUUUUCGGUUUUUUAACUUGUCCUCCGAGGCUUCACUUGAAGAUGUAUUAAUAAUGGGUCAGAAAUUUUGUGGAAAUACCUGGAAAGUUGCAAAGAAUAGUGUUGCAGCGCAGCCUUUUAUAGAACAAUAUUGCUUUAGGGCCCCCUAUGUUGCAUCCCUUUUGAGAGAUGGGUUGCACAUUAAGGAUAAUCAGGUGAUUAUUGGUUCUGGAAGUAUUACUUGGACCCUCGGGGUUGCCUUAUUGGAGGCUGGACAAGCAUUGUCCAAGAGAGUUGAAGUAAAAGGCUAUGAAAUAAUAUAUAGAGACAUACAUCCAGCUAUUUUUGUAGUAAUCUUUUUUGUCUCGGUUUUACUACUUUGUUGUGCAUUGUCAUGUGUAAGCAAUUGGAUGCCAAGAUUUCUCCGACGAUCUUGCAUCUUACUCUUCAGGUAUAAGAGUUUGACAAACUCUGUUCUUAAUAUCCCUUCCCCUUUCAGAUUCCAGCGGCGGAGUCCUAUUAUCUCAGGUGAUGGAAGGGUAAAGACACCACUCAGUCCUACCAUUAGUGGUUCUCAGCAGCAUCCAUUUAACAUGGGACAGGGCUUGGGAGGCAGCAGCGUUCAUCUUAGUGAAUCUUCUGUGCUUCCUUUGGUUGUCUCUCAUAGUUAUUCAUCUGGUAGUUUAGGCCAAAUGCAGUUUGGCAGUGGAGCAGGAUCCUUCUGGCCACCUCACCGGGGUAAGACAACACUUUCAAGCCGCAGAUCUCAGUCAAGAGAAGACCUCAGUUCUUCAUUAGCAGAUGCCCAUGUGGUGAAGGUUUGACCUACAUGUUCCACUGCAGGCCUGGUACAAGUCCUUAUAACCUAUGCAACUUUUUCCUUGAUAGAUCUCCUUUUCUUAUGCAGAGAACCUUCGGUGAAAAUAUUAGUUAUUCCAGUUAUAUCUAGGAUUACAACUUAAGAAUAACAUGUUCAAUCGGUCUGUGGUUAACAUGAGUAGUCAGCUUGCAGUUUCAUUUCUGAAAUUUCAAAAUUAUAGUAGGCUAUAUGUGCUGAGUGCUGUAGCUGUGUGUAUCGGGUGCUGCUUUUGAAGCAGGUGUUUGAAUUUAACAGAUCAGAAUCCUGACGAUUUAUCUACUUCCAAAAUUGCAACAUUCUUCCAUUCACCUCUGGCCAGGUGCUCGGACGAUGUCCCCACUCUGAUCUCUAACUCGAUGGAGGUUCGUUUGGAUCGGUCUUCAUUAUUUUCAAUUUUGUAGCAGAGUAAAAUCUUUUUGAUUCUGUUUUCGUGACUGCCAAUAGAAGUUUGAAUGGUCAUGUCCAACUAUGGCUGUUACACCAACACUGAUUGAUGCAGAUAAAAGAAUACAGUCGAGUUGUUCGCACAAUCAUGAGGUGCGGGAUCAUUUUCCAUUUGUUGGAUUUUAUUUUUCACAGCCUUAAGAUCUUGUAUUUAUUUUCUUUUUGUGGAACUAACACUGGUUAGAUCUGAGAAUAUUGUACUCAUCGGCAUCGCAACAAAGCUCAGUAGCUGAAAAUUGUUUCCUUUCAUUCAAUGAGCCUAUCGAUAACAUGCAAA